GCAACAGAUAAUGGAAAUUUUAAUAAGUGUUACGUUACGUGGGGACCACCCGGAAAGUUAUAGUGACUGACUAUUUGAUUGCAGACAUUGUGCAAAGUCACAAUGACGUUGAAAAUAUGGAUUAUGGGGAUUUUUAACGUGGACAUAAUCUCUACAAGAGUGUAAACAUUUGUCGUCAACCGUAGGUUCGAGCUUUUGCCACUUCAAUGUAUGGAGUUAAUAGAAACAACAUUACCGAUCCAAAUACAAAUAACUACACGUUUUCACCUGUGACGUUCAAUGAUGAGUGGCCUAAAGUGUGGCGACUCGUUAUCAUGGUCACAAUGGCUACAUUAGGAACCACUCUCAAUGGAUUCUUCGUGGCAUCGUUCUUCGUGGAGCGCCCGCUUCGUCGAGCUGGUUUGGUUUAUCUAGCGUGUAUUGGAUUGACUGACAUGCUAAUAACCGCUGUAAUUCUGCCUGUGGCAUCGGUGGUACUUCUGUCGGGAGACUGGGAUAACGUGCGAGUUUGCAAUGUCAUACAAUGUCUCGGAAUGUCUGCAGUUUACUGCUACUCUCUGUUCUUUAUGUUUACUGCUAUUGAAGAGUAUUUGCGAGUGUGUUGCUCCAAAAAAGUCUACAGAAUGGUGAACCGUUGCAACGUUGCUAUCACCACCAUAGCAGCAUUCGUACUGAGCUUUUCGUUGGGUUCUGUUGGUGUCUAUUUGAAUCUCGAUUAUGACUAUUGCGAAAGAUUACAUUACGGAAAUAUCUAUUAUAGAGCAAUUUCUGUUGUUAUGCUUCACCUAGUACCAUGCUUUUUUACUAUCUAUUGCCUGUGUGCGGCAUAUCUCAGCGUUCGUCGACGGGCUGCUUCACAACCAAGCUACCGGCGCUCUUUUGAAUACGGCCAGGACAAAUCAAUCGCUGCACUGAAUCUUACAACGUACGCCACGUUCUUCUUUGCCUGGAUCCCAUAUUUGAUUAUUUCGUUUAACUUGGGCUCAGCAAGUAAUGAUCAAUAUUACAAUAGCAUUUGGUUCGGUCAUGGACGUGCUGUCCUCGCAACCUCCUUGUAUUCUAUCCUGGAUCGGAGCUUUAGACGUGCUUUUUCUCAUCUAUUUAACUACUGCUGUUGCAAGAAUAACCUAUCAGGUCCACUAGCGCCUCGCCACCGAAGGGAAUACUGUACCAGAGUACGCCUUCUACAACCUAACAUGUUCAUAGCUCGAAGUGCUCAAAUACGUCUCGCAGGUCGAGCAAGAGCGGCAUCCCUCAUUCGUGAAACUCAACAUUUGUAAACAGAUUCCCAACGAUUAUACGAUAAAAAGGCUAGGCUACGUCAAAUGAAAUUAUAUUUAAACUUAUAUAUGAAUUAUCGCUUAAAAAAAGUAAAAAAAAAUAUAUGGAUGUUUAGAUUAAGUAUUGAUCGUAUUAAGCCCUACACUAUUUUGAGUCGCUUUGAUUCAUUUCAAACCAGUUUUUUGUGGAAAUUAAAAUUUCUCUAAUAGUCUUCACUUUAGCUUUCAGAAUAAAUGCAAAUAAUAUCAUCAAUAACAAUAAAGUAUAUUUAUAAAUAGAGAUUUACUCGAACCACAAUGAAUUGAAUGAGUUGCUUUAAUAUUUCUUUAACUUGUCAUAAUUUGUCUUACUGGUGCUAGGCCCUAACUUCAAAGAAGGCUUUGGGAAAUGUAUUGGGGUAAUGUGCUGUGAUAAUAUAAGGGUAACUAGAGAUUUUGAUUCGCGCCGGAUGUAAAAAAUCUUUCAUUCAUUCUGUAAAAAUAUGUCCACAGUAAAUAAUUAUAAAUUCUUAAUAAGAAACUAUUAAUGAGUUUAAAUAAAUAUAUUUUAUUACCUUAAGUCAUUAGAGCAAAAUUUAUGUAAGGAAAUUAAAUAUUGCCUUUUUCAAUGAUAAGGUUGGGAACAAUAAUUAGGAACGUGUAUCAUAUGUGGUUUGAAUCAAUUUAAUGCGAUCAAAUAUAAUAUUAAAGAACAAAAUUUAUCUAUUUACAUUAAUAUUUUAUGAUUAUAUACGAAAGGUAUAGAGAUAUAUCAGAGA